UGCCAAUGGGCGCACUGGGAAGGCUGGGUUAGCGGGUGGAGCCGGGGGAAGCAGCCCAGUUGGUUUGCGGCUCCACAUCGCCUCCAUACAUCGCUUCCACAGUGCGGAUGAAGAAGAUUUUGUGAAAUUACCCAUUACAGAUUAUUCUUGUGUGUAAUAUAUUUCUGUCCGGGGUCCUGGAUUUACACAGAGGAGGAGCGGGGAGCCGAUCAUCCGUCGUUCUCUUGGUACCAGGGAGCACGUGACCCCGGAGAUGAACAAGCUUCGUCAGAGCCUGAGGAGGAAGAAGCCCACCUACGUGCCAGAGGCCAGCAGACCGCAUCAGUGGCAGGCAGACGAGGAGGCUGUACGAAAGGGCAAAUGCAACUUCCCUGUUCGGUACCUGGGGUUGGUCGAGGUGGAGGAGUCGAGAGGGAUGCAUGUAUGCGAGGAGGCAGUGAAGAAGCUUAAAGUUAGUGGGAAAAAGACAGUCAAGGCAGUAUUGUGGGUUUCAGCUGAUGGACUCAGGGUGGUGGAUGACAAAACUAAGGACCUCAUUGUGGACCAGACCAUAGAGAAGGUUUCAUUCUGUGCUCCUGAUCGUAACUAUGACAAGGCCUUCUCCUACAUCUGCCGAGACGGUACUACCAGACGGUGGAUGUGCCACUGCUUCAUGGCUCUCAAAGACUCGGGGGAGAGACUAAGCCAUGCAGUUGGCUGUGCCUUCGCCGCCUGUCUGGAGAGGAAGCAGCGCAGGGAGAAGGAGUGCGGCGUGACGGCUUCUUUUGACGCCAGUCGCACCUCGUUUGUGCGUGAGGGCUCCUUCCGGUCCAACCCUUCUUGCCAGCAGAGCAGCAGCAGCGAGAGAGAUGACAAGCUGCAGGACAAGAAGAAAGACCAACCUUCUGCCAUCCCAGCUCUCCCACCUGGCACCGCCUCCCCACCCGAGGGUGCGGCGUCCCCCAUGGAGCGACCAGAGCCUGGCGGGCCUCACGCCAUCCCCCGUCGCCACGCGCCCAUCGAGCAGCUGGUGCGUCAGGGCUCGUUCCGGGGAUUCCCAGCCCUCAGCCAGAAGAACUCUCCCUUCAAGAGGCAGCUGUCGCUCCGCCUCAACGACCUGCCAUCCACACUGCAACGCAAGACCGACUUCCAAGACAAGAACCCUGUACCAGAGAUGGAUAUGGGGUUGCCAGGGGAGGGAGACUGUAGUAUUAACGCCCUGUGUAGCCAGAUCAACACUUCCUUCACCAAUCCAUCGGCUGAGCUCUUCUCAAACCCGUCUUUGCCUGCGAAUGGCCCUCCAACCUGCACUGUGCCCCCAGCCCUGCCUCCACCACCUGGACCAAUUCAGGGUACUUCUUCCUGGGUGCAGCCAGAGCCUCCACUCCACUCUCCUCCUCCGGUUUCUGUGGCGAUGCAAAUGCAGAUGCAGAGCGGACACAGGCGCACACCCUCCGAGGCUGAGAGAUGGCUGGAGGAAGUCUCCAAGGCUGUAAAGGCUCAGCAGACCCCUCCACCAGGCCCCACCAUCCCCACUAUCCCUGGACCACCCUCUAUGUCGAGUCAGCAGAUGUCCAGUCAGGCAGUCAUAUCAGCUGCCCCAGUGUCCACUGUCCCAAUGUCCCUUGGCACCAUGUCCAAACCUCUCCUCUCGGGCCCCUCUGCUCUCUCAGGUCAGGCGCCGAUGCCCCUCCCGCCCAUGUCAAUAUCAUCAGUUCCUCUAAUACCAGGUCCUCCAGUGUCAGGCCCCCCGAUGUCUCUACCCUCCAUGUCCAUUCCCACGAUGUCCGGUCCGAGCAUGUCUGGGGCCCCAAUGAUCCAGCCCUCCCUCCCUGGGCCCCCAUGCUCACUUCCAAGCUCCAUGCAACCCUUUCCCUUGGCUUUUGAUACCACCCCAGCUCCUGUGGGAAUGUUCGCCAGCCAGCCUGUCCAACCAGCAUUUGUGCCCAUGCAGACCUACAUGCCAGGCCUGGCCAGCAGUAUGACAUAUCCCAAUGCCAGUGUGCCUGUGGUAGGCAUCACACCAUCGCAAAUGGUGGCUAACGUCUUCUGCACUGCUACAGGCUCAUCUGGUGCAGGUGGAGCCAUGGGCACGGCCGUAGGGGGACCAAAAGUGGGGCCACUUGGAACAGCUGGGCAGCACCAUUCUUACCCAGGCGUACCCAGUGCAGUCGGGCACACUGGAGGGUUUUCCACACCGCCAUUCUCUCCCACUCCGCCAUUAUCGACAGCCAUUAACGGCCUCCCACCGCACAGCAGCGCCACGAUGGCCCUCCAGAAUGGGACCUCCAGCAGUGGUGGGAAUGGUGGCAGCAGUAGCAGCUGGCCGCCAGAGGGCAGCCAGCUAACAGCUCCGGCAGCCAGCGACUCCCAAGACGAUGAUCGUUUUGAAGCUAAGUGGGCAGCACUGGAGGCCAAACCAUCGCCUCAGCAGCCUGGAAAUAAGACACCAGCUGCAGCAGCCAACCCGUUUUCCAACAAUCUUCAAAAGACUUUUGAGAUUGAGCUUUAAGCCUGAGUUGGCCUCCCAAAGCUGUAGCUCUAGCCCUGAAGUUCAAGUGAGAAAUGUGGGCUUAGGACAGGAUGCAGGUCCUCAAAGUUAGCCUAGCAUCUGACCUGUGGCAGCCUAGCAACUUGCUAAAAGCUCUCAUAUGAGUUGAUGUUAUAAUGAUCUUAAUUGCUUUCUUCACACUCCAAUGAGAGCUUUGGAGGAAGCUUACAAGUUGCUGGGCUGCCAUCGAAUGAUCAGGUCUCUAGCUCACUAGACUUGUUGGACUGAAUCCUUCCACUCCACCCGCUACCCACCUUUCUUCCCUGCUUUCACUUCUCCACUCUUGCUUUUCUUUACUUGGUGCAAGUCCCUGGAUGUACUGUAUGUGUCCCCCUGAGGACAUUGUAGGGGGGGCACAGCCCAGUGGUUUCUUUCUUUAAAAGGGGACUCCACUCAGAUGCAUUCCAAACCCAUGAGAUGUUUUUGUUUUUUUCCCUGGUGGAGGAUUUUGGUGGAGAAUAUAGCAGAUAUGGCAACAUCACAAGACGUGCAGAGAA